GGACGACGAGGAGUUGCUCCUCGCCGACUGGAAGCGACGCUGGUACGAGCAGGAGCUGGAGGAGCGGCGGCAGAGCUCAAGCGAACUGCAGCUUCCGAGAGGUGAAAAGUCCUGCCACACGCCGUCCUUCGGGGAGGCCGCAGCAUCCGUUUCCUCGCCGCAAGCCAUUGGAACCAGCGACGUUUCCUCGGACGAGGCAGAGGAGUUUGAGGCGGAAGUCCGUAUGAUAGCAGCCGGCUGCGGCUUCGUGCAAGACGGCUCGCAGGAGCUCUGCCGUCCAGUGGAGGAUGGCAGA